AACGCGCGUGUGUCUUGUGUGUAGGGUUGGCCAGAUGUCCUAUAUAUUCUUGCCCUUUGGCACUUAUCUCCCUUCUGGACCUCCUCCAACACCACAAAAAUCAUCGAGAAAGAGGACUACAGGAGACCACAACUCCGACAAGCAAUAUAUUAAAAAACCUCCAAAUGCAUUUAUGCUAUUUUUAAAAGAACAAAGGCCCCUUAUCCAAGCCGAAAUAAUAAAUUCAGGCACACAUCCAAAAGACAGUGCCACCGUAAAUAAGAUCCUCGGGAUGAUGUGGAAGUCGCUGGCACCCAACGAGAAGGAGAAGUACUUCAACGAAUCUGAGCGGCUGAAUGAAAUACAUUCCAAAAUGUACCCUGACUGGUCCUGCCGUAAUAACUAUGGCAAAAAGAAAAAGAGAGAGUGGUGCCAUGCAACCAAAAGUUGCAACUAUCCGAUCGCGUCUCCACAAGAGGUCCACGCGUCGUGCAAAUGCACAUGCACGUGCAAGAAGCGCGAGGACCCCAAGGCGGACCUGGUCUCAAUUCCGACAUUCUUGUCCUCCUUGACCUUGCCAGCGACGGUACCCGUCAUGGUCUCCUCGCCCUCCUUGCCCUCGCCAGCGACGGAACCCAUCAUGGUCUCCUCGCCCUCCUUGCCCUUGCCAGCGAUGGAACCGGUCAAGGCAUCCCCGCCCUCCUUGACCAGCAUCUCACAGACUAAGCCUGAGGAGGACCUGAUCCUCACCCUUUUAAAUAAUAACUUGGGAAAUGUCGAAUCGUCGCAAUGGGACGAGGCGUCCAACUCCUCCUUCUUGUCCACAUGUACCGUCACACCACACGAAGGCGAGGAGGACCUUACCUCCGCCCUAUUCAAGGAGUUGGAAGCCUUGGAGGCGGCCGAAGCCUCCUUUUCAUCCUCGUCCACGUUCACCGACAGCUCGCAUGAGGACGACCUGACCUCCACUCUUUUUAAGGAGUUGGAAGCCCUGGAGGCGGCAGAGGCGGCCGAUGCGUCCUCGGCCUCCUUUUGGUCCUGGUCCUCUUGCUCCACCUACAGCAUUGAGUAGGCGUGGCCAAAGCAGAGAACGUGCCGGGUGUCCUCAACCCGGUUUGCACUUGGGACUAUGUACAGUAUCUAUGCACAGACUUUUCUUGAUUGAUAUAACUUAACUCCUUGACUGUCGAUUGACUCUAAAUUGUAUCGGAGUGUGACGUGCAUUCCGGCGUCAAGGUAACGUUAC